AUGCGUCGAGACAACAACCGCAUCUUUGCUGAAAUCUCGGUCUCACCCUCCAUGUAUCAACAGAUACUUCAGCAGCCUGCACUUCAACUCGAAAAUUUUGAGGAGCCUUUGAUGACUUAUCCAACUCUUUCGCCCUCCGCAAACAUUGUCAAGCUGUCCCUGAUUCGUUUGCCUGCUCAGUACGGUCGUAAAGAUGGUGGCAAUACCCAGCUGAAAGCUGACAUGCACCACAACCUCGAGAAGUUUGGUCAACUGAUCGACUGUAGUUAUGUUACUGGCGGUAGCAGCGUCUACGCCGGGGGUGGUUAUGCUGUUUUAGAUGUCAAUGCCACUCACGCCAAACUUGAACACUCGCUCAAUUGGGCCUACCACCCCAUUGACUACGUCUCUGGAGAUUUGAUGGAACAACGGGAUCAUGUCCUCUCGCUCGCCACGUAA